AUGUCAAUUGUCCGAUUGGUGGUCAUGUUGGAAUCAUAUAAAACCCCAUCCCUAGAUGUUACGUGGGUCUUCAUUGGGCCUUCCACGUGGACAGCCGUGGAGACUAAUAUUGGCAUUGUGUCUGCUUGUCUACCCUCCCUUCGACCCCUGCUGAGCUUUACCUCUCGGAAAUCUACUCGCAAAAAUACCGAUGAUGACGACACACAUCAGCUUUCCAGCUAUUAUGGACCCUCGUUGGCAUCGGCCAAGAGUUCUCCUGCUGACUACGAAAUUCAUAUGGCUGGUAUUGAUGUGACGACGAGCGUGGAUGUGGACACUUACUCAAGGAAUAUUGGAAAUAGGCUUUUGUCAAGUAGGAGGUCGUCUGAGGCUGCCUUUUGA